ACUUCUAUAAACAACAGUACUGUAAACAACUGUAUAUACCAGUCAAAAAAAGAUCUACUUUGCAACACCUGUUAGUGGGUGGGAUAUAUUAGGCAGCAAGUGAACAUUUUGUCCUCAAAGUUGAUGUGUUAGAAGCAGGAAAAAUGGACAAGCGUAAGGAUUUGAGAGAGUUUGACAAGGGCCACAUUGUGAUGGCCAGACAACUGGAUCUGAGCAUCUCCAAAACUGCAGCUCUUCUGGGGUGUUUCCGGUCUGCAGUGGACAAUAUCUAUCAAAAGAGUCCUAUAAGUGUCCUUUGGGUCCAGUAAGUGUCCUUUAAAUCCUGUAAGUUGUGAGCUGGGGUCCACCUCGCAACUUACAGGACUUCUGCUACCAUCUUGGUGACAGCACACCUUCUAGUGGAGUCCAUGCCUUGAUGGGUCAGAGCUGUUUUGGCAGCAAAAGGGGGACCAACACAAUAUCAGUUACUCUCCAUAACACACUGGAGAAGGCUGCUUAUCUUCUGGUCUUCCACGUAUGCUUCGUGAUGUUCUGCUGGACCUACUGGAAGGCCAUCUUCACUCCAGCCGCCACUCCGUCCAAAAAGUUCCACCUCUCCUACAGGGACAAAGAGAGGUAUGAGAUGGAGGAGAGGCCUGAUGUUCAGAAACAGAUCUUGACUGACAUAGCUAACAAGCUCCCUAUCUUCACACGAACUCAGUCGGGAGCUGUCAGGUUCUGUGAUUACUGUCAGCUAAUAAAGCCAGACCGCUGUCAUCACUGUUCAGUCUGUGAAACGUGUGUCCUGAAAAUGGACCAUCACUGUCCAUGGGUGAACAACUGCGUCGGUUACUCAAACUACAAGUUCUUCCUUCUCUUUCUGUCUUACUCCAUGCUCUACUGUGUCUUCAUCGCCUCAACUGUGUUUCAGUAUUUCCUCAAGUUCUGGGUGGGCGAGCUUCCAAACGGUCACGCUAAGUUCCAUGUCCUUUUCCUUUUGUUUGUUGCUGUCAUGUUCUUCGUCAGCCUCAUGUUCCUCUUCGGCUACCACUGCUGGUUGGUGGCCAAGAACAGAUCCACACUGGAGGCUUUCUCUGCACCUGUAUUCCAAAAUGGUCCUGACAGGAACGGCUUUAACGUCGGUUUCCGCAAGAACCUACUGCAGGUCUUUGGAGAAAAUGUAAAACUCUGGUUUUUCCCAAUUUUCACCAGCCAAGGUGACGGCCACCGUUUCCCGCUGCGGACUCUGAGCGAAUGUCGAAACCCUUUACUGUCCAGUGAGAGGAGAUGGCAGGAAGAUGGCUCAGAUGAGGACAGCACAGAUGGUGAAGUGGAGCAUGAUUCUUCAGUCAGACUGGAUAUUGAAUAGUCAUGGUUUGAGGUACAUGUCAUGAGAAGCACUUUCAGCUGCUUCAGGCUUGCACUGUAGAAGCGACUUAACACCAAAUCUUGGAUGAAGAGGCAGCAUUCCAAAUACUUAGAGAAUUCCAGAGAAGCAUAUCCUCAUAGAGUAAAAUGGUCAGAGGGAGUGGCUUUGUCUUCUUUUUUUCUAUUUUACUUUGUACGUUUUCUGUACAUCAUCAUCAUCAUCACCACAAGCACCUUCGUCCGGUACGAGAUUCAUCAAGGACAAUCACAGACUGUUCCCUGGGGCUUGGAUUUGCUUUGUCUACUGUGUGCAAGAUAAUGAAGAGUGUUCUGACCUUGCAUCUCAUAUUGUAUUACAUUUCAAGCUCACAGAUUCGUCUUACCAUGUUCGCUCCAGUGGCAGUUGGUGUCAACAAAAGCUGCCAUUUUUUUUUUUCCUGUGGUCACUUGCUCCAAGUACUAAUAUUUGUCCUGCAAGCCUGAUGUCUCUCCAAGCCUUAAAGAUUCAUCAAAGACUGUAAAGACUCUCCUGUAAAAUCACUGUGGUGCAGUGAGAUAGUACUUUUUAUUUAAAUAUUUAAAUUGUCCUUUUUUUAUGACGUAUUUACAAACAUAUGUGUUUUCAUUAUGUGUAUUUCUUUAAUGGCAGCUUGCUGCAGCCUAAAUCCUAAACAUGGUAUGUAACAAAUGAUGAGCGCUGAUGUGAGUGUGUGAUGUGGCUGACACAGUAUUUUCCCUUCAGAGAAAUCGCACCUGACUCGGCUUACCAGACUUAUUAGAGUCAUGACCUGAAUCCGGUGAGAGCAGAAAUGCAGAAGCAGUUAGAAGCGAGCGUUUCUCGUCAUUUCUCCAAUAAAGACAAAUAAUUUUGUAC